GAGUCCCUGGAGCGCGUCCAAUCAGCAACCCUCCUGAGCGACCUAUUCCCGCUCCUCCCGCCCUGCGGGCCUCGCUAGCGCCCAGCUUCUUUGUGACUGGUGCUCGCCGAGGUCACUCAGCGUGCGGUGUGCGAUCGGCGGGCGGGGCUGGCUCAGGUGCCGCGGCGCGGGACGGACGUGGUGGGCGAGGGGCGGUCGUGCCGCGACGUCUGCCGCGUGAGGCUUCGCGCGUGAGCGGCGCGGGCGCCGGGCCUGACCGCCGAGCUCCAGUGGCGAGCGCGGAGGUCGUUGACGCGGGCCCGGUUGGAGGCGCGUCCGUCUCUGUGAGCGCGGCGUCGAGGUUCUCGGACCAUGGAGGACCCGCAGCCGCUGCCACAGCCCGAGCUGCCGCUGUGUGACAGCCUCAUCAUCUGGCUGCAGACAUUCAAGACUGCCUCACCCUGUCAGGAUGUCAAACAGCUGACUAAUGGAGUGACCAUGGCACAAGUUCUUCAUCAAAUUGACGUAGCUUGGUUCAGUGAAUCUUGGUUAAGCCGAAUUAAAGAUGAUGUUGGAGACAACUGGAGAAUAAAGGCUAGUAACCUAAAGAAGGUCCUCCAUGGAAUUACAAGUUACUAUCAUGAGUUUUUGGGGCAGCAGAUUUCUGAAGAACUUAUCCCUGAUUUAAAUCAAAUAACUGAGUGUUCAGAUCCUGUGGAGCUUGGGAGGUUGCUUCAGCUAAUUCUCGGAUGUGCAGUCAACUGUGAAAAGAAGCAAGAACAUAUUAAAAAUAUAAUGACCCUGGAAGAAUCUGUUCAGCAUGUGGUCAUGACUGCAAUUCAGGAGUUGAUGAGUAAAGAAAUAGUGAUCUCUCCUGCAAGUGACACGGUGGGAGAAUUAGAGCAGCAGCUUAAAAGGGCCUUAGAAGAGCUUCAGGAGGCCAUAGCAGAAAAGGAAGAGCUGAAGCAGAGGUGCCAGGAACUGGAUAUGCAGGUGACUGCACUUCAGGAUGAGAAGAAUUCACUGGUCUCUGAGAAUGAGAUGAUGAACGAAAAGCUUGACCAGUUGGAUGGCUCUUUUGAUGAUCCAAAUACAAUGGUGGCAAAGAAGUAUUUUCACGUACAGCUACAACUAGAACAAUUACAAGAAGAAAACUAUAGGCUUGAAGCUGCAAAAGAUGAUUACCGUGUUCACUGUGAGGAACUUGAAAAGCAACUGAUUGAAUUUCAGCAUAGGAAUGAUGAGCUGACGAGUCUUGCUGAAGAGACCAGAGCCCUAAAAGACGAGAUAGAUGUUCUUAGGGCUACCUCAGACAAAGCAAAUAAACUGGAGUCAACAGUGGAGGUAUAUCGUCAGAAGCUGCAAGAUCUAAAUGACCUCCGCAAGCAGGUGAAAUCUUUACAGGAGACAAAUAUGAUGUAUAUGCAUAACACUGUGAGCUUGGAAGAAGAGCUGAAGAAGGCCAAUGCAGCUCGUGCACAGCUAGAGACCUAUAAGCGCCAGGUUCAGGACCUUCACACUAAGCUUUCCUCUGAAUCCAAAAGGGCAGAUACACUAGCAUUUGAAAUGAAGAGGCUUGAAGAAAAACAUGAGACUUUACUCAAGGAAAAAGAGAGAUUGAUAGAACAGCGGGACACUCUGAAAGAGACGAAUGAGGAGCUGCGGUGCUCAAAAGCACAGCAAGAUCACCUAAACCAAGCUGAUGCAUCUGCUACAAAAAGUUAUGAAAAUCUUGCUGCUGAGAUCAUGCCAGUGGAAUACAGAGAGGUGUUCAUUCGACUCCAACAUGAAAACAAAAUGCUUCGCCUGCAGCAAGAAGGGACGGAGAAUGAACGCAUUGAGCAGCUGCAGGAGCAACUGGAGCAGAAACACCGCAAGAUGAAUGAGCUGGAAACUGAGCAAAGGUUGAGCAAAGAGCGAAUUGGAGAACUGCAGCAGCAAAUUGAGGACCUCCAGAAGUCGUUACAAGAACAGGGCUCUAAGUCUGAAGGUGAAAGUUCCAGCAAAUUAAAGCAGAAGUUGGAAGCUCAUAUGGAAAAACUAACAGAAGUCCAUGAAGAAUUACAGAAGAAACAGGAGCUCAUUGAAGACCUUCAGCCAGAUAUAAGUCAGAAUGCCCAAAAGAUCAUUGAGCUUGAAGCGGCUCUUCAGAAGAAAGAUGAGGACAUGAAAGCGAUGGAAGAGAGAUACAAAAUGUACUUAGAGAAGGCCAGGAAUGUAAUAAAAACUUUAGAUCCCAAAUUAAAUCCUGCAUCAGCAGAAAUAAUGUUACUCAGAAAGCAGCUGGCGGAGAAGGAAAGAAGAAUUGAGAUUCUAGAGAGUGAAUGUAAAGUAGCAAAAUUCAGGGAUUAUGAGGAAAAACUCAUUGUUUCUGCCUGGUAUAACAAGAGCCUGGCGUUUCAGAAACUGGGCAUGGAGUCUCGGCUGGUGAGUGGUGCUAGUGCUUGCAAAGACAGCAUUGCGGCUGCUCCUGCACGCUCCUUCUUAGCACAGCAGCGGCACAUCACCAGCACCCGAAGAAACCUCUCUGUGAAAGUCCCAGCUGCAGCAUCUGACUAGUCUGCAAAGCAAACCCAACAGAAGUGCCUCAGAAUGUCUGUACCCCAAGAAACUACCAGAUAGAAAACAAGGUUAAGAUGCUUGGUAGCAGCUAGUUUUGUUUUGUUUUUGUUUUGAGACAGGUCUCAUAACCCCAAGCUGGCAUAGAAUUCACUGUAUUCAAGGAUGACCUUGAACAUCUGAUCAGUCCUUCUUGCAGUUUCUGCACACUGGGAUUAACAGAAAUAGUUGUAGACCACCAUAUCAGGUUUAUUAUAGUUCUAGGGGUCAAAAUCAGAUGCCCUACUAAUUGAGUUACAUUCUCAACCUUGGAAUCAACUAUAUUUAAAUCAAAAUAUAUCAAAUUAACAUUUCCACUUUACUUAGAAAACAAAUACAGAACCAGCUCUGUCUCUGGGUAGCACAUUUGAGUUGGAAGUGUGAUGAAGCAAAUACUUGUCUUGAGAUGGUAUCAUGUGUGGGAAAGCAAGUGCAUAUUCCAACUUUAUGUUUUUAAUUGUGACAGCAAGUCAGUUAAUUUGCAAAAAGCAAUCAGUAGUUUGUCAUUUAAUAUCUAGAUUUGCUUUAUUGAAAACAGUUUCCAGUUACUCAUGUGGAGAAAAACUGAGCAAGGCGAAUUCCUUAGUCUGGUGUGUACAAAGUUUCCUGUUUGCUAAUUCUGCCCUCUAGAGGAUGCUUCAGCAUGCAGUGGAAGCUACAAUGCUUGGAAAACUUUGCUGUUGGAGUGACUUUGUCCUGUGAAAGUGACUCAUUAGAAACUUGCAACUCUCUGAGUUGUGUGCCAGUUUGAACAUGUGAAUGAAUACUGAGUUGCUAAGAUGGGAAAUAAACUGACAUUUGUAUUUCUGAUGAAAAGUAAGCUAUACUUUGAAAUAUCCACAUGCUUUUAAACAUGGCAUUAUUGUGGGCUUUGCUUUCUAAGAACCAGUAAAUCAUGUAUAAUUUUGCCUCUUUAUUGAAAAGAAACAGUGAUGAAACAGCUUAUAACCAGUUUGCUUUCUGCUUGCCUCUAAGGAGUGUCUGGAGCUGUAUUUGUGGCUGAAUGUUCAUCUCUGCUCAAGGUUGUCUUUUCCAGAGGUGUUACUUUCCAAUUUGGGGUCAUUUAAAAAGUCACAGCUUUGGAAUAUUAGUUGUUAAGUCAGUAUUGCUUAAUGUAGCCACAAGUGGUUCAUUCUUGAGUCAGUCACACUUCCAACACUUAGUAGCCACAUAUUUCCAUCAUUAUUGAGAGUUCUUCUGCAGUGAGUCACAGUAAAUCUUCAUUUUGAUAACUUGGAAAAAUUCUUUGAUCCUUAGACUACAGAUGUAAGAAGUGUUACAUCCAUUUCAGAUGUACAGAGGAAUCAGGUGGGUACAAGAGUGCAUCAGACACAAGUGAGACAACUUUGUCUCUACCCCCAACAUUUCCAGUCUUUACGAAAGGAACAAACUUAUGGGCUGCAUGAUCCUGGUUGGAUCAGCUCUUCACCUCUGCCUUCAUAGCAUGAAAUAAGGAUAUGUAAUAUGUAAACAAAAUGGGGUGGUGGUGGCUGAGUAAGCCAGAUAGAGCUGGCAGGCUGUGGAAUGUGGUCUACAUUUUAUUCUUAGUCCCUCAUAAAUGAGUAUUGUUCUAUUUGCAGUGUUAACUCAUUUAGAUAACUGCCUAUAAAUCCUUGCUAGCAACUUUUAACCACUUAAAAUACAAGAAUUUCACAGUGAUUUGGGGUCUUUGAGAUUAGUGGCAUCUGCCAGGAUAUUUUGUUUUAUCAGGGUUCCUUCUGUUGACUACCUCUUAGAUUUUGAUGAUUCUUGUCUGUAUUUUACACUGUUGGUUUGUAUUUUUGUAUGUUCUUACUGUAUCUGCUUGCCUGUGUCUUUUAGUGAAAUAAGUCUUUGAAAUUACUUAGCAUGCUGUUUAACAUUUUCUAAAAAUUAUGACAUUCGGGUAUAUUUUUGUCAAUGAAGACAUUGAUGGUAGUGUUUGUAUCUGCUUAUAAUUGAGAUUUUACAAGUUCCCUUUUAAUGGAACUGACUGUAAAACAUCAACUUGAGUAAAUUUAUGUUUAUAGUACAAUUGCACAUAAAUUUCUAAGUAAUGUAGCAUAAAUAAGGACAAAAGGAUAGUUUCUUUUUUCUUAAUUAAAAAAAACCCAAAUUUUCUGAUUUUUCUAAUUUUAAGUAGAAUUUUGAAUGUUUGAUACAUUGUUUAUAUGAAACUAGUGUAAAGUUCUAUACCAUCUAGAUUAAUCACAGGAAUUUAGGCUGUGACCAGGGUGAGAUUCUUUCCUUGUAUAGUUUACGCAGUGAGACGGGUACCCUGCCAGGUAGAAAUCAGAUCUGGAACCAUGAUUUCUCCAAGUGUAUUGAAGGGAAGAUUGAAUGCAUAAAAUGGAUUUGAUAAAAAUUUUAUGUCUCAGUGACUAUGAAGUUAGAAACAACUUGAAUUUCAAAUGGUUGUUCUUGGAGUGUUACUCUUUUUUCUUUUUUGGAUAUAAUUAUGACAUUGAUGCUUAUCUUAGGAUUAACUUAAUGUAUUGAUAAAUUUAUGAAGUUUAUUUUUUUAAUGGUUUGACUAAUGAUUAAUGUAAGUAAAAAAUGUCUUGCCUAGCAGCUGUUAGCUGAGUAUCCUUUAGUAAUAUCUGGUCUUUGAUGACUGGAUGUUAAACACUUCACAACCACACAUACUUAGGUAUAAUGGUAUAUCUGGCAUUUUGGGAGUGAUGGUGGUUUAGGCCAAAGUACUGACAUUUUGUGUAAAAAAUUAAUGUAUAUGGCUUGUUAUACAUACAGUCUUACUGUGAUCCUGUUUGUUGCACAGAAAUAGUUUGAACAUUUAUAAAGCACAAGUCAUCAGAGGAAAUAGUGUGUAGUUAUUAAACUUGAGAAAGUUUCAAUGUAGUGUUUAGUUUAUUAAAAAGGUCCUUUCUAUUUUCUAUGGCAAAUGCUGUCACACUUGAAAACUAGAAGAAGCAAUACUUGAUUUAUUUUUGUAAGUAUUUAGAAUAUUAUUUUAAAUAAAUAAUUGUCAAUAUAAUUGUGAAAUGUUUUAAGUAAAUAAACUUCUUCUGAAUCA